AUGUUUUCGCCGUGGGACCGGUGGUACUCGACGAGCUGCUGCCUCUGCUGCCACGUACGGACGGGCACCAUCAUACUGGGAGUAUGGUACAUGCUCAUCAACGCAGUGGUCUUACUCAUUUUACUGUCCGCGCUCAAUGAUCCGGUGCAGUACCGGUACCACCUGACCAGCUCCGAGCUCGGCACGGACAUCGACGUCAUGGACGAUGCAAAUAUCUGCAUAGCCACUGCCAUAUCGCUCCUCAUGAUCCUCAUCUGUGGCAUGGCAACCUAUGGGGCCUACAAGCAACAUGCCGCAUGGAUCAUCCCUUUCUUCUGCUACCAAAUCUUUGACUUUGCCCUUAAUACUCUGGUGGCCAUUAGUGUGGUGGUCUAUCCCAACACAGUGCAGGACUAUCUUCAGCAGUUGCCAGGGACUUUUCCCUACAAAGAGGACAUCAUGUCCACCAACAACAUGUGCCUAGUCUUUGCAGUCCUGUUAUUCAUUGGUGGAAUCCUAACCUUUAAGGCCUACCUGAUCGGCUGCGUGUGGAACUGUUACCGGUACGUGAGCGGCCGCGGCAGCACCGAGGUCCUGGUCUACGUCACCACCAACGACACCACGUUCACUGAGUUCAUACCACUAAAUGUGCAAGGUGCUGCUACCCCCCUACGAGGAGGCUAUUGCCCUACCGCCCAAGGAGCCCCCGCCCCAGUAUAUGGAGGCAUGAGCUCCACGUUCUUCACCGCGGCUGGUCCUCUGCACCUCCCCCCUCCUCCACCUCCCCCCUAUUACCCCCAAACUCCCCCCUCUGCCUUGGACACCCACUCCAAAUGGUUCAUGUUUGAUUCCCAACAACAUGACAUGUCCAGAGGAGGUCCCAGCUACAAAUCUUAA